AUGUGUCAAAAUUAUAAGAUUGCUAUUCUCCAGCGUACAUUUAUACCCAUUUUGUCCUAGUUGUAUGGUUUAUUUCAGUUGUUUGAUAUAUUUUGUUUCACAUCAUAUCUUUUCUGCAGCACAAAAUGAGUGUAACGGUUGAUGGGUUCAAGUCAUCUCCCAUUCUUGAGGAAAUCAACACCACGAUAGAUAACAACUCAAAGCUACGUAAGAGUAUUAUCAAGCAGUCAAAUUCGAAGUUUGGAUUCAAUAUCAAGAACAACAAAGGCCAGUCCAGGUUUUGGGUGUUGGACUUGAAAGAAAACGGAAAUAUCAGAUUGGUAGAGAAUUAUAAUGCCGAUGAUAGCAUCGAGAAGGUUGACUCAACCAUUUCCAUUUCCGAUGCCAACUUCAAGAAGUUGUUGUUGAGCAAAACCAGUUCUCAAAAGUUGUUUAUGACAGGAAAGCUAAAAAUCAGCGGCAAUAUGGUCAAGGCAGCUGGUGUUGAGAAGAUAUUGCACGGUCUCUAUCCAAGCCCCAAGGCAAAGUUGUGAGUGUGUGUUUUGGCAGGUUUGGUUAUCUGCUAUCUGUUUUUCUUAUCAUUUAUCAUAUAUCAUAUAGUGAUUAUAUACUGUGUAUCGACGAUCCAUCCACAGAGAUAUCGCAACAUCUAUCGCAGAGACCGACGGCGAUAGCCCAAGAAACGCGUCUUCAUUUCGGCAGCCCUUUCCGUGGCGAUUGCAACUCUAAA